AGGCCUGCGGGAUGCCCCAAGUUCUUCCCUGCGGCUCCUUGCGCUCAGAUUCUGAUGGUGAAGCAGACAAGUACAACACAUGCUCUUUGAACAGCACUCACCAGAGCCAAUCCAAUUUGAAGGUCAUCGAUUAACGGAGUACCGCUCCUGACUUUGUCCACAGUCUCAGCUCGAGCACUGGGACCAUAUGGUCCAGCAUGGUUCGAGAUGCGCCUCUCCGGACGGAGAAUACCUUCGAGAGCAACCGGGAUGACCGGUGGCGCAGUCUGCUCUCGCUCAUUCUGCGGGAGAGGAUCUACCGGACCUUGGCCUUCUGGCGGAAGCGCUUCGAGUUCAUGAGCGCAGCGGACCUCGCCCACACCUUGUAUGACGGCAGCAAGGGGGGCAAGGACCUGUUCCUGGACAUGAAGGAGCUGGUGCAGAACGACCAGGAUGGCCCAAGCUCUGAGAACUUGACGCGCAAGGCAAAGAUCGAGGUCUUUGACUCCGAUUUGGCCUGCUUCAUCGAUGUACUCAUGCUGGUAAACGUGAGCAUGACCAUGGUGGUGGCGCCCUUGACAUUUCUUUGGGAUGGCCGCUGGCAAGAUCCUGCUACAGUGCCAGGUGGGAAAGACACGUUGAUGUUCGACUUGGCCAUGGACAUUGUGUAUGCCGUUUAUUUACUUUUGACACUGGAAAUGUCAUACCUGCACCCUGAGCAGCGAACGGAAAUCGUGACCAGCAGCAAGAUUAUUUACUGCCGGGUCCGAUCUCCGCUGUUCUGGCUGAAGUGGCUCAGUGUCACCUGCUAUUUCUGGGCAGCUGCUUUCGGCUGGCCGCUGGUCAUCAACGCGCUGAAGAUCUUCCGGGCCGGGGUUUUCAUUGAGCUGCCGGACUCUCUGUGGCGCCUGCGGGACACCUCGGAAGUGCGUCUCACGAAGCCCGUGCUGCUGCUGAUGGGCGUGGCUCACUGGGUGGCAUCCUUCCUGUUUUGCUUCGGCGGGUACUUGGAGCAUCUGCAGACUCAAGGGGCUGCGGCUUCGGAGACCACCUUUCGAGGCGAGGUCGUGGAUGGCAAGCUGUCCUCCUAUGUGAUUGCGUACGUCGAAGCCCUUUACAUGCUGACGGGAGCCUUAGACGGUCCAACCGGAGAUGGAGCUCGAGACGGAAAUUUCGGAGCACUGAUGAUCGUCGUAGUAUUUGCGCCCAUUGGGCAGCUGGUUGUUUCACUAUUUAUUGCCGCCAUUGUUCAGGAGCAAGACCUGAAGAAUGCACUGGAUCGGCGACACAACGAGAACAAAGCCUUUAUGCAGCGCGCUGUUCAGAUCCUUGGCAUUCCGAAGGAAUUGCAGAGACGGGUCUUCAGCAUGCACUAUUUUCAGAAGAUGAGCCACGACAUCGAGGCUUUCCAAAUUCUCUUCAACGGAAAGAACCUAAGUGGCGCCCUUUCCUCGGCCUUGAAGAUCUACCUUUACAAGGAGAGUGUCCUCAACUGCAAAUACCUUUCAGAGAAGGACCCCAACUACAUCAUAGAGGUGGUGAAGAUUUUGGAGGACGUUGUGUGUCUUCCUGGAGAGUACGUUGCGCGCCGAGGGGAGAUCGCCCAUCAGAUGUUUUUUAUUGCCAGAGGAAACAUGUCGGUUCUGGUGCCCGAUGUCCACAACCCCAAUGAUGUAGGACAUGCAAGGGCAGUGCGAACGCUGAAACUCUCAGACUUCUUUGGGGAGGUUGCUCUCAUCAAGGAUUGUGUGCGGACGGCCUGGAUCCGUGCCGACUCCUACUCCUUGCUGUCCUCCUUGUCGCGUCAUGAUAUUGAGCCGGUUUGGAAGUACUUCCCCGAGUACAAGGAGGAGCUUGCGGCGCAGGUCGCAGAGACGGCGGCCAAAGACAAGAAGCGCAACGCCCAAAACCGGUGGAAGAAUUAUGGCCUUGGAGAGAAGCGGAAGGUGUUGUUGGAAUUCAAGCAGAAGGAGGAGGAGGCGAAGGGGAAAAAGUCUGCCCGGGCUUCCGUGCUAGCUGCUGCUGAUGAUGAUGAAUCUGCAGAUGUGUUGGCUUCAGGGGAUUCUGCGGUGCUUGCAGUUCCAGAAGGGCAGGCACCGCCGGAUGUGGGCAAGAUGUUCACAGAGCUGUUGCGUCGGCAAAGUGCUUUGGAAUCUAAGUUUGAAGCACAGCGCAAACAGAUCAAGCAGCUAGUCGACUCACUGCAAAGUGGCUCCAGCUGUAGUGCUGGUGGCGCAACUAGCGCUCUGGCAAGUGCAGUGACCAGCGGUGCAGUCAACGGCGCAGCCAGCUCUGCCACCAAAAAAAACCGCAAGACCAGGGCUAAGAAGAUGGCAGCUGCAGAGGACGCAGCAACUGCAGAGGACGCGGCAGCUGGAGAGGAAGCAGCAGCCGCAGAGGAAACAGCGGCUGCAGAGGACACCGCAGCUGCAGUGGACUUAGCUGCUGCAGAGGACGCAAUGCCUGAGGAAGCAGCGCAGGAGGCAAUUGCAGAACGAGAAGCUGCAGAGGUGCCAUGUCUUCCCGCGUUCGUAUUAGGUGACGGGCCAGAAGCCGAGCCGCUACUAGGCACAGAGGAAACUGGUCUUCCUGCGCCGAGUGAUGGUAGGUAGACGGCGUUCUGAAAUUGGCCGGAAUUCCGGACCCGGAAGUCAAUGUCUAGCCGCGAGCCGCGGUAUUUUUUCCAUUUGGGGAUAAGCAACUGAGCGCAGCAGAUGCUGCCGAGCUGCUUCUCUCCAGAGGGAUAAGCCUACCUCCGAAGUAGAGGUGGCUGGACAGGAGGCGUAGGUGAAGAAACAACUGGCGCUCUCUAGAGCAAGAA